AUGCCCCCCAAGCUGAACGAGAAUGGAGUCCCCAGCUUCGACGAUCUGCCCCUGAGGGAGGGCGACCCGCACCACUCGGCCUGGGGCCUGUACGGCGACAAGGACGAGCUGGGGACGCUGAACCGGCUGACGGACGAGCGGGUGGCCGCGGCCGCGCGGGGCGAGAUCAAGAAGGGCACCCGCGUCUCGCUGAACUGGCCGCUCGACGCGCAGGGCGAGGCCGGCUUCUUCCAGCGCAAGCUGUUCCACCAGGAGCUCUUCCAGAAGCCGCCGAGGAUCGUCAACGACGAUGUCUGGACCUUCAACACGCAGGUGUCGAGCCAGUGGGACGGCUUCCGCCACUUUGGCUACCAGAAGGAGAAGAAGUUCUACAACGGCGUGACCCUCGAGGAUAUCCACGGGAAGGACAGCAACGGCAAGAAGACGACCGUGAACGGGAUCCAUGCCUUUGCCGAGCAAGGCAUUGUGGGACGUGGUAUUCUGGUCGACUUGCACAGCUGGCGGCAGCAGCAGGACGACCCAGCCUUGAAGGAGUUCAACUGCUUUGAAACCUCGAGCAUCCCGCUCAAGGACAUCAAGGCCUGCCUGGCAGCCCAAGGGACAGAGGUCAAGUUUGGCGACAUCCUGUUCACGCGCACUGGCUGGCACGCGCAGCACGCGCAGCUCUCAGAGCCCCAGCUCAAGACGUACCAGGCCGUGGUGCCGCACCACUUCGGCGGCGUGGAGCAGUCCGACGAGAUGAUCCGCUGGGUGUGGGACAACUUCUCGGCCGUGGCGGGCGACCAGCCGUCCUUCGAGGCCUGGCCGUCCCGCGAGGACUGGGCCCUGCACGAGGUCCUGCUCGCCGGGUACGGCAUGCCCAUCGGCGAGCUCUUCUGGCUCGAGGGGCUCGCCGAGACCUGCAAGAGGGAGGGCCGCUGGAGCUUCUUCGUCACGAGCGAGCCCUGCAACGUCCCCGGCGGUGUUGCCAGUCCGCCGAACAUACUGGCCAUAUUCUAG